CUUUAUCAGUUAUCAAUUUAUAUAGGGUGAUUUAUCUGCCCCGCCAUACGAAUACCUUCAUCAGUACAACUUGAAGACAAUCUCACUAUAUCCUUCUAUAAACUGGUAAAUAGAAGGGCAUAGCAACCAAAAGCUUUCAAUUAAGCUCAAUUAGUCUUGAUAUAGCUUGAUACUACUCCGUGGCCAAGGUCAAAAUUUGCGUUAUGGCUCCUACGAUCCUACAUCUACGCUCAGAGGAUAAGCCCCUCGAGCAUCGCUCAGCGCUAACUCCCACGACAGCUAAGGCAUUGAUCGAUGCUGGCUACGUUGUUAAUGUUGAGAAGAGCCCUGUACGGAUCUUCGAUGAUAGCGAAUUUAGCGCCAUAGGUGCUACUCUUGUUCCAACGGGUAGCUGGCGUGAUGCGCCCAAGGAACACAUUAUUGUCGGACUCAAGGAGCUACCAGAGGAAACUUUCCCUCUUAAGCACGUUCAUGUCCAAUUUGCUCACGCGUACAAGGGCCAAGCGGGUUGGGAGACAGUUCUAGCCCGCUUCCCUCGUGGCGGUGGCACUCUUCUCGACCUCGAGUUCCUAGUCGAUCCUAAUACAGGACGUCGUGUAGCUGCUUUCGGAUACCAGGCUGGGUUUAGCGGUAGUGCUUUGGCGCUUAAGAACUGGGCGUGGCAGCUCACACAUCCAGACGGCGAACCUCUGCCGGGUGUUGAGAGCUACCCCAACGAGAAUGCUCUGAUCGAUGACGUUAAGAAGGACCUCGAAGCCGGAAAGGCAAAGGCUGGCCGAUUACCUCGAGUCAUCGUCAUUGGUGCGCUGGGUCGAUGUGGCCGCGGCGCUGUCGACCUGUGUCUCAAGGCGGGUCUGCCUACUGAACAAAUUCUCAAGUGGGAUAUGGCUGAGACGGCUAAAGGAGGCCCCUUCCAGGAAAUUGCGGAGAGUGAUAUAUUCGUGAACUGCAUUUACCUAAACUCGGAGAUUCCCCAUUUCGUGAAUUUGGACUCCCUCAAGCAGCCUGGCCGCAAAUUGAGUGUCGUAUGUGACGUCUCAGCUGACACAACAAACCCCUUUAACCCCGUACCGAUCUACACCAUUGCGACUACAUUCACCAAGCCCACGGUGCCCGUCGAAGGUCUUAGUGACCCCCCCUUGAGCGUCAUUAGUAUCGACCACCUACCCAGUCUACUUCCACGAGAAUCUUCCGAGUCCUUCAGCAACGAUCUCCUGCCAUACCUGCUUAAGCUCAACAACUGGCAGAACAACCCCGUGUGGGCUGGAGCCUACAAGUUGUUCCAAGAGAAGGUGGCUACAUUGCCUAAGGAGGCAUUGGAGAAUUAGACCUACCCAAGAAGAGGCUGUUGCGAUGUGAUUACUGGGAGGGGACAAAUUGAUUGGCGUUAUUGGGAUACCAUGUGUAGAUAAAAAGAACGUACCUAGAAAAGUAAAGCGACAAUUUCGCAAGAGAAGUGAUGGAUUGCGUAUGAAAAAAAUCAGAGGGAUUGAACAAAGCUUUCUUACAUGAGAAAAUCAAGUCAAUAUGCUACGAACCCGAUCGG